GCCGCUACCAGCCACGAACACCAAUCGAGUGACCUACGACUGUACCACUGCUCGGACUUCAUCAGCGAGCUGCGCAGGAGCUCCUGGCUGGCUAGCUCUAGCCAGCUAGUCAUGUAGCUAGCCAGCUUGCCACCAGUAGCUAGCUAGUACUAGUAGUCAGUAGCAAGCAAUAUUACUUGGCAGUAGAUAUUGCGACCCGAUACCCCCUGACUUGGGCAUACCUCGAGUCGACCAAUACCUGCGUUUGUGUGUGGUCGAGAUGACGAGCAACGGGAGCUUGCAAAGCGAUGAAGAAGAUACUGAAGAAGUAAAAGAUGAGGGUAGAGAACAGCAGCGCCCUCAGCGCAGAACCACUGAGAAUGCUACCCCGUCCGCCGCUGCGCAUGCUCGUCCUCGCCACCUGGACGACGAAGAUGAUCAGCAGUCCCACCGUGUCGAUGAGAGACUCGCUGACUAUCUUCAGAGCUUGGAGGAACAGCAACAACAAGGCGCGUCCUUUCAUCCGCCAAUGCAUGGGGAGUACGCGAUACAAGCAGCCGAGGAGGCUGACACCGGAGGGUUUCUGCCACCAAGUAGGUUACCCGUCCGUGAUGCUGCUUUGGAUGCCAAACCUGCAGCCAAACCAAGCGUAUCCCAAAAACGGAGCAGCAACGAUCAAUCCAAGCCACAAGCAUCAGAGACAAAAAGGCUCAAAGCUGGUGAUCCUUCGGAGAAGGAAGGGUCCCCUUCUCGCCUUAAGAAGCCUCCUGGGGAUGAACCAGACUCGUCGACCGGUAGGCCGGGACGACCAUUCGAUAUAGACGACCUGACCCCGACGGAGGAAGAGAUCCGCAAAGCCACCAUUGAACGCUCCAGAUCCCGGACAACGGUGGACCCCAAUGCGCCAGAUCCAGAGCAAGACUCUCCUCCCGGUGAGACUGAAGAGGAACGGCGACGUCGGAAAGAGCGGGUCAAUGGCCGCCGCAAACGGGCAAAAAAGCUCUUCCACCUGGAGCAGUUGGACGCACAGGUAUUAGACUUGACCAACCGAAAUGAAGCCAUGAGGGCUGAAAAUGAUGCCUUUCGAAGACGAUUGGCUGAGAUUCAGCAAAUCUUCUUUCAUGGCGGGGUGUUGACGUCAGAGUUGUUUUGUUUGCCCCGGGCAGCACAUAACCAAGCCGCAGCAGAGGCACAAGCGGACACGGGUGCACAAGCCCAAAACGCAUCUGAUACCAAUCUGGAAGCAGCAGCAGCAGCAGCCCCGUCGCAUGAUGCUGCCGCUAUUCUCAACAAUAUGGGAAUUGGCGUACCACCAAGGCGAUUACCUCUCCCGCAACCUCAGGCAAUUGAAGGAGAAACACAUGUGCUCAACCAGAUUUUGAUCCAACAGGCGCUCUUGAAUUCCGUGAAUGGUAAUAAUCAACAGGGGCAAAAUGACAACAAUAAUAAUUAUGUGCUUGACCAACAGGGAAAUUUGGCAGCACUUCCAAUUUUGGGGCAGCAAACUGCCACGGAGAUUAUUCUGGACCGCCUGAGAGAAACAAUUCCUCUGACCGCAGGAGAAGCAGAGCGUCAAAGGAGGCAGCAACAACAGCAGCCACCACCACAAAAUCCAAUCCAACCGCCCCAGAACCCGCAAGUGGACAUUGUUCUUGCUCAACUGCGGGAAUUCCAACGUAAUCCUAAUCAGCAGCCGCCAAUUCCACCAGCAGGUCCAAGCUUGGCGGAACAAGUGGAGCUCAUGAUCCGCCCGCAAGGGCAGAGAGGGGAAGGACAAAGGGGGGCGGAGGAUGCACGCGUCGAUGUGGCACAGCCACUGGUUCCGCAGAGAGCCGCUCCUGCUGUCCCUAAUAAUCCACCACACGAGGGUAUGGCAAUCCUUGCCAUGCUUCUUCGGCAAGAGCAGCAGCGGCGGCAGCAGCAGCAGCAAGAACCGCCGCCUCCGCCACCACCUCCUCCAAAUCAAGAGGGGUAAGUGCGCUACUAGUUUAGUCGCCACAAAAGGAGGCUUCAGAAAACUCCCAAUGAAAUAUAAUCAAUCCGUGGCCCCGCUGCACAAAUUGCUUGUGCGUACGGUACACAUGCUUUGGGAUGUUGGGAUUGAUCAAUGUCGUCUGAAGUUCCUCCUUGACUGGACGGAGGAGCGGAGGGUUGGACAGGAGCAAAAACUCGUCUCAACAGGCGUUAUAAGAUACAAGGGCUUGAUCAUUUUCAGAAUGAUCAAAUGCAAACAUGAGCGGUUCUUGAGAUUGAUAACAGCCACGGUAUGAGAGACAUUGGAAUGCCCUGGUACGUUGAUUGUUGUUGGCACUUUUGACAGGUUGGCUGCGUGCUGGCCAAUUGAUGGUCCUGAACCAGUUUAUUUUUGUGGCCUCAAAAUAGCAAAAUUUGCAGACAAAGGCAGCACCAGAUCAUCAUUCCAGAAACGUGGGCACUCUAUUUUAGGCUCACUUUCGUCAUACAUCAACCAUGCAGAUGCAAUCUGAACAGACAAUAUCAGUGGCAAGGAGGUUGAGAUAUGGUCUAUGGCAAAUCAUAUUACCUAUACAACAAUAGAGACGAGGGCAAAAGAUAUGGCAUAUUAUUAGUGGAGCGGAAAUGCGGUUCUGGGCCUCCGAAUACGUUUUCUGCCGUAUGUUCGGUACGAGUACCAUACCGCAAUUGAAGAUAUAGGGGUAGGCGUGGCCAGUGGCCAAUGCCAGCACUCAAAGGCUUUGGGACAGUUCCGAUCACCUAUCACUCACGCUCGCCAGCGCAAGGCACUCGAAAGGGGAAGUCGGGACUGCAGUCUGCUGCGGAUUUGCAAGGUGGCUGUGAAAUUGAGGCUAUUAUCGCUCGAGGAGAUGGUCAGGAGGAAUUCAAAGCUGCUGGAGUUAUUUUACAUGUCCAAGCUUAUUACGUUAGGGCCUGGAGACUCAAGCUGAGAUCAGAGGGCCCUCCUUGGCAACCGAGGCAUGGCUGGUUCAAUGAGCGGGGGAAGCCGUGGAGCCGCGGGGCACGAAAACGGCAUCGUUGAUCGUCGCCCACUCUUGGGAUCUGUUCCUAUUCCUCUGUAAAAGCUCAAUGUGAGGUGCAGGCCAACGCUAGUCUCUCUUGCUCGACUGGGGAGAGCUUGGCUCGUCGGCUGCUCACAGCGGUGCUGCGGUCCGUCCUUUUACAACUGUAGACAACACCUCCGUCGCGGACAUGAGAUGGAGCCGCGGAUAGUUUGGUGCAUUUGUAAAAUAGUCCAGCCGCAGUAUCGCAGGGCUUGGCCACUCGU